UAGAAUCUUGUUUAUAUAAAAAUAUAUAUUUUAUUUAUUUAUCACUUAACAAGUUAUAAUAUCUGUAUAAAAAAAAUUAUAUAAUUAAUAAUGGAUCAUAAAGUUGAACAACAUGAUGAAAUUGAAGCAUUGGAUUCAAUUUAUUGUGGAGAAUUGGAAAUAUUAGAAAAACAGCCUUAUUAUCAUUUUGUUUUACCAAUAAAAUCCGAAGAAUAUGAGCCAGACACUGACAAUGGUCUUGCUUGUAAUUUAGAUUUUACAUAUACUGAAAAAUAUCCUGAAGAACCACUUAUUGUUAAAAUUGAAGAUGCUGAAAAUUUUGAAGAUGGUGAUAUUGAAAAACUUAAUCAACAUUUGGCUGAACAAAUGGAAGAAAAUUUAGGUAUGGCUAUGGUUUUUACACUAGUAAGUGCUGCACAAGAAUGGCUAAAUGUACAAUGGGAUAAAAUUAAAUUUAACAGAGAAGACAUACGUACUAAAAAAUUAAUUGCUGAUGAAGAAGCAGAAAGACAACGUUUUGAAGGUACCAGAGUUAAUGUAGAAACUUUCAUGACUUGGAAAGAAAAAUUUGAUGAAGAAAUGGGUCAUACAAGAAGACGAGAAGAACUUGCUGCAUUGCAGGGUAAAAAAUUAACAGGGAAAGAACUUUUUAUGACUGAUAAAUCAUUAGAUCAAUCUGAUCUUAAAUUUUUGGAUGAAGGUGAUGCACCAGUCAAAGUUGAUGAAAGUCUUUUUCAAAAUCUUGGAGAUCUUGAUAUUAAUGAAGAUGAUGAUCCUGAUUAUGAUCCAAUGAAUGAUUCUGAUGACAGUGACUAAAAAUGAUUUAAAAUUAACAAUUAUGCUAAAAGAUUAUUCUAAAGAAAAGUUCAAUAACUCGACAUAUUUUUAAAAAGGAUUUUUUGGCUUUGGAAAAAUUAAUUUAAUUAAUUUAAUUCCUCAGGAAACAGAAAAAAAAAAAAAAAUGGCCUUGAAUUAAAUGUCAGCAACAAUGUA